AUGGGGAUGAACCAUUUAAUCUUGGCCCUCGUCUCCCUUUCCUGUCUCUUCUCCUUCUCUACUUCUGCCUCUACCCCUCCAUCUUAUUCCUAUCAUUACUCUUUUUCUCACUCAUCAUCUUCAGCUCCAUCUGCAGCAUUUAAUGUUCAUUUUUCCAAAUCUUCAGGAACUCGAAUGGACCAAACAUUUAAUAAAUUACCUACAUUACCUACCAAUAAUGUUGACCCUGGGCUUCAGCAAAUCUGUAAAGACACUGACCAUCCUGAAGAGUGUAUAUCAAAUAUUGUUCCAUUCCUAGGUCAUAGUAAAUUUGUUGCAGAACCCGUAUCUGUCCUCAAACUUGAGAUUCAAGCAAUGGAUAACAAGGUUAAGGAAGCCAUAGACAAGGCUAUGAAACUUAUGCAAGAUCACUCGACCCAAAAAAUGACUGCUUCUUGCCUUGAAACAUGCUUGGAUAACUACAAAUCCAUCCUCGAUAGCGAUAAGAGAGUCCUUGAUGCUCUCUCUUUGCAUGACGUUUACCAAGUAAGCAUGGAAUUAAGCUCCAAUAUCGAGAAUUUACAAACUUGUGAGGAUGCAUUUCUAGAAGCCAACAUCAAAUCGCCGAAUAUACAAAUGGAUUCAGCGAUACGAAAGAUGAUUAGCAAUACUUUAGCUAUUGGUGUCGAUAAGGUCCACUUUUAG